GUUAGAGAAGAAGUGGCCAGGCUAGUGGUCACUUCUGUGAUGGGCUGCGACAGGGAAGAGCUGCUGCAGCAGGAGACCGAUGGUCUCCUCAGUACGGGGCGCUACGAGUCUGCUGCAGCAGCAGCAGCUGCUGCUGCUGCUGCUGCAGGCCAGUGCGGCUGCAGCUGCGACCCCACAGCUCACGCGCAGCAGCUCCGCGUGUACCUGCAGCAGCAGGCACGAGCGGCGCUGGCGCCCCUAGCAGCAGGAGAGUCCUCCGCUGCUGCAGACCGCGAGGCGGGCAAGAGCCGGUGCCCGUUUUUGUGUCAGUCUUUGACGCUGCUGAACUGCCUGACAGCUUUAGCAGCACAAAGAGAUUCGAAGACUUUGAGUUCUUUGGGAGCUGCUGGGAGUGGCUCUUUCGCGGUGUACAGACACCUCGCGGCCCCGCAGCAGCAGCAGCAGCAACAGCAGCAGCAGCAGCGGGAGGGGGUGCUGCUCGCCCUGGUGCUUGCUGCCAGCAAACACCCCGACUGCGACAUCAGCAGCCACGCGGUGCAUGCAGCGCACUUCUGCUGCCUCGCCACGCAGCAGCGCCAGCUGCUCUCCGACGUGCUGCAGCUGUGGCAGCAGCAGCAGCAGCAGGAGCAGCAGGAGGGCAAGAGCCUCCUGCAGCAGCAAAGGGACUUCGUCGCAGCACUUGUCUCCUACAUGAGGCACCCCUCGUGGAAGGUCAGGGCCCUCGUCCCUGCGCUGCUAGAG